AUGAAACUCCAAACUGAGGCCGCAAACAUUCUAUCGCGCACAUCGGCGUACUUGCAAUCAGGUGUGAUCAAACAGAAGCCAGUAUGGUUCGACAUUGUUGCCAAGUAUCCUCCAAAGCACAAUCUUGUUAAGAAGCCUUAUAUCCACGAAGCCAACUCCAGUGAUCCAAGGAAUGAUUUGCUUGGACCCAAGGACCAGCCUUUACAGAAGUCACAGCGUUUCAAAACUCGCCCUACCUCAAGUGAAAUUGCUAACAAAAACAACCAAAUUCAUCGUAUACCAAAAUUGAAAUUCCUUGAGGAUGAAUUGAGAAAUUAUUUCUACUUACAGCAUCCAUGGGAGUUAGCGAGACCCAAGAAUCUUAUCGAAAAUAAUGGUGACGAAGUAUUGAAAAAGUGUGAUUGGAGCCACAUGUUACAGUUGCACAAGCCAUUAGAUGGAGAAUCAGUUAUACAACGAGCCAUGUAUUUCUUACAAAAUGAUGACAAGGUGCGGGAUAUUUUCGAAGCUUAUGAUUUGGCGAGAUUUGAAUUUUAUCGUUUGCGUAUGGCUGAAGAAAUGGAGAGCCAUAUAGCCAAAGAAGAAAGUGCAAUGUACGGAGCUGUUUAUGAGUCAACGAAUAUCGACUGGAAUUUGACUACUGAGCAAAAAUAUAUCGAUGAUUGGGUCAAAUUGGCUGCUGAACAAACGCAGGUAUUGGAAGCUAAUGCUAAUAGGUCUCAAGCCCCAAGUGGAUCGUUGGUGGAAGAAGAGAAAUCAAGAGCAUCGUUGUUUGAAAGUUUGUUGCUGGUUAAUAACGAUGUUUCGGAUGAAAUUAAGAGGUCUAAUGCUGGUUUAGAGAAGGUAUGA